AUGAAGGCCAUCAAAGGCGUACUUCUUACCUGGUUCGUAUAUGCCAACCGCUACAUCGUCUCGGGUGCAUGGCUAGCUGACCUCUCUGUGGCCCCGGUGAAGCAGAUUCUGCUCACACUGAACGAGAAGGAAAGCUUCAUCAUUGAGGAUCUGGAUGAUCAUCAUGUUGUUAUUAAGGCAGAUGAGGAAUGGCGUGUCAGGAGGGAGCUGGAGGCAGAGUUAGAGAAAAAUACAUAUAGCUUGGAGUAG